AUGGCUUCACCCAAUCAAGAUGUCGAGAUCAACAUGCCCACGGCGCAGAUCAAGGAGUCGAAUUUGGAGAUGAAAAGAGAUGCCAGGCUCAGAUUCCACGAGGCCAACAUAGAUUGGCUGAACAAACAGUGGCAAGGGCCAGACUGGUUCCCUAUCCCUCUGCUGCGGCCUUCCAAACCUUGUCCGAGUGUUGUCCGAGUCCUGAGGAACAUCACCAAGAUCGCCAUGGCCAAGAACAUUCUUUUGUCUUCUCUCUGGGAGCCUGGCGGAUGCCUCAGAAGUGUUGUCGACCAAGACCUGGCCAUCAGGGAAGCCGGUCGCAAUGGAAGGUACAAGCAUCCGCAAUCUAGACGCCUUACCAGGAAAAUGGUGAGCCACGCACGCCAGAUCUUGCGUUCGUCGACGGCGGAGAUGGGCAAUGAUUGCAGUUCGUCGUCGGGUUCCACGACAGGUGGCGACUCUGAAGUGGAAGAACUGGAGAAGAGCAACACGGUUUCGCGAUUGAGUACUUCUGCUCUUGAUUCAUCAGCCGAGCAGCAACUCCCACCUCCACUCCACGGUACGGUUGCAUCGGCAGAAGAUGAACUAAAAAUUUCGCCACGAGGUAUGAAGCGGUCCUUGGAAGACAACGAAGACGAAGCGUUGAAUCCACCCAUGUUGAAGAGUCAGCGAGUGGCCUUAGAGAAGGUGCUUGGGAUUUUAAGCCCUGAGCAGAUCGAAAUCGUUCACCGCAAGUGGACCGCCAAACUUGAUACCGUCCUUGCGGCCAAAAAUGCAGCUGAGAAAGGGUUGCUGGACCUGAUGCAUGGCAGGGGCUCAAGGGCAGUCAGCGAAGCAGAAAGGGUACAAGCUCGUCUUCGGAAACAUGAAGCAGAAGAGGCUUUCAACCAAGCUUAUCAGAGACUCCAUCGUCCAAUUCAAGUCAUGGGAGCGGUGAGGGAUAUCAAGAAGACCUUUGAUGCUCGCGCUCUAUGUGCACUCAAGCUUGAGCGUGCUCAGAAAGAAGUACAGUUUGCCAAGAGCAGAAUGGAACAGGCGCAAGCGAACCACGAGGCUGCUUUAAGGUCCAACUUGACGGGUGAUUGUGACUUUCAGGCAACUUUGGAAGUUCUUGAAGGGUCUGGCUAG